CGCGCGCAUAUCUUCAAACAAUCACACAUGCAUGAUGACAUGACUUUUGUCAUGUGUCACACCCAAAAUCAGUCGUUGAUUGAUGACACACCUUCGCGACGCAACAACAAAACAACACACACUCUCGCACACACACAUACACACAUACACACACACAACACACGCUUGUGUUAACACACCAGCAGACACACGUCACUCCCUUGUUGCUUGAUUGUUCGUGCCACCCAGGGGCGUCCUACCCUUUUCCAUCCGACGAACGAAGAAAGAGGGGCAAGGCAAAACAAAGCAAGGCGAGGCGAGCAAACAGGACGCCAAACGAUCGAGCUGAAGCGUUCAACACCCUCACGUACGCAAGACCGCCGUCACGCACGCUCGCAUGCUCGCACGCGCGACGCGUGACACACGUUUGUCCAUUUUCAUCACCAUCCCCGACCAGCAACAGCGCCCAUGUCUCAAGUCCAACCACAACGACCGCAACCACAACAGCAGCAGCAGCAGCCACAACCGCAACAACAGCAACAGCAGCCACAGCCACAACAACAGCAGGAGCCACACGCAAGCGCCACCAGCGGCAGCACGAGCGGGGGCAGGCCUUUGUCGUCGUCUCGUAGUUCCAGCGCACGACGACCGUCGUCGAGCCACCGCUCGAGUCGCGUGGUCCUGCCACCCAUCACCCCGUCCAAGGCAAAGAAGAUGAACGAAGGCAGCGGGUCAACAGCGCCCGCCAGCAACCCUCAUCCAGACUCCGUCCUCGCAAAGCUGGUGCGCUCCACAGACGAUUGGAUUGCCGAUCUCCACAAGCAGCUGGAUGAUGCGCACACGUCCUUCCAAGCACAGUUUGUUGACGCCAGCAAGCAAUGGCAGGAGAAGCUCGAGGAAAUGCAGCAGCAGCAUGCUGCGGAGAGAGACAUGGCAACGAAGACCAUGUGUGACCUUCAACAGGACGUCGACACCCUCACAAGCCAGCUGAAAGGCAUUGCCUCGGAGCGAGACUCGUUCGCCGGACAGCUUCGCCAGAAGACAGCAGAGCUGCAGGCGACGGCAGAUGCAGUGGCACAGGGCGAACAGGUCACGUAUUCACUGCAGGAGACCAUUCGCACGCUUGAGGCCAAAAUGGAGACACUCAACCAACAGUACGGCGAAGCACAGCUCUCAGCAUCCACGCACGAGAGCAAUGCGCGGGACGUGGAGGACAAGCUCAAGGCCUCCACAAAGGAGGUGACGGCGAAGCGAAAGGAGAUUGCACAGCUGAAGGAGCAGUUGCAGCAGCAACAGGAUGCACUCAAGACCAGCGAGGAAGCUGCCGGCGAGCGCGACAAGUUGACUGCAGCCAACAAGCGCCUGCGUGCUGAGGUGGCGUCCCUCAAGACAGAGCUGACGACAACAAAGGAGAAGCUCGCCAAGGCAGAGGCCGAGCUGAGCAAAGAGAAGCAAGCUACAGCUGCGUUGCAGCAGAAGCACAAACUCGACAAGAGCACCGCUGCAAAGAAACACGCCCAGGACUUGAAGGCGAUGCGAGAGGAGGCCGAGUCUCUCCGGGACGAAAUUGAUCGACUGCAUGAGGUCAUCGAACAGCUUCAGACCUCACAGCAGAUGGAUCCACUAGAUGAUCGCCUGAAACGACUCAUUCGUGCGAACCAAACGGAGAAGAAGAGGCUGGCGAAAGCGCGUACAUCUUCCAAUCGACGCUGAUUGUCCCUCACUUUCUUCACUUUCCCCGCUUCAACACCACAAACCACAUGCGCACAUGCUCGUGCACACGCAUGCACGUGCACCCGCACACUCUUCGCUUCCAUUGGAUGUGGCGCUGGUGCUGCGUGCCUCACCCCUCGCUCCAAUCCUUGCCACCUCGUUUCUGCCUUCCUCUUUGUGUUGUUGUCUUGUCUCUGUACAUACGCUGUGGUCUUGACCAUACGGCUGGCACAACCCUCGCAGUGCGGUUCUCCCCGUCGGUCCUGUUCUCGUUACUGUUUCCCACCACCCCGCCCGUCCUCCUCGUCCUCGUUGUCGCUUCCUUCGUCUAAUGUGCUGUACAUACGCUGAGAUGCGCAGCUGCUGGUGCCCUGCGUUUCUGAUGCUUGUUCAUACUCGAUCACGUUUUUUGUAUCAUACCGGAUGUCAUCAUGCAUGUGAAUUGCGCGUUCUUACUUGCUCGUUUCUCUGAUGGGUCUGUCUGCAUUUGCCUCACACGUAUGCAGCAGCGUAAAUGACUCAAUGCUCA